CCGCCGGCCGGCAGGGUGUGGGAUGCUCAGGUUCCUUCCUACCCACAGGGCCUGGCCCUGUUCCUCCAGCCGGUGCCUCUCUCCUUAGCCACCGGGGCCUCUGCCUUUACAGCCCCUUCCAUGCUACCAGGUGAAGCCCGGAGCUGAGGUGGAAUCCCACCCCCAGGUCCUCCCCUCCCUCCCCAGCGCCCAUUAGUCCCGGCCAGGGGGCGCGGCUGCAAGCCUCUGUGCCAGGCCCGGCCCCCAGACGCACCUGUUCUGACCUGCUGAGCAGGUUCCCAGUUUCUGCCGUAGCUGUUGGCCACAGCGUGGGAAGCAGCUCUGGGGGAGCUCGGAGCUCCCAUCACGGCUUCUGGGGGGGCAGCUGCCGCCGGGUGCAGAACGGGGCCAGGUCCCCUAGCGGGAGCCCCAGGGGGACGGGCAGGUGCGCCAGGGCCCGAGGACCUGUGACCCUCCUGCCUCCGGGUUCAGUGCCCUCUCCAGCCCUAGAGCUGGCGCCCAGGGAGAGCCCGGUGGCACUUCAGGAACGCGGGGCAGCUCUGCGUGGGACCAAUGCCCCUGGCCCUGGGAGCCGACAUGCAGGGGCCUGAGGCCUGGCUGCUGCUGCUGCUGCUCCUGGCGUCACUUGCAGUGCCUCCCCUGCCCUCACUGAAUCCUGGUCCAGCGCUAGAAGAGGGCCAGGGCCUGACACUGGCCGCCUCCUGCACAGCUGAGGGCAGCCCGGCUCCCAACGUGACCUGGGACACAGAGGUCAAGGGCACGACGUCCAGCCGCACCUUUGAGCACUCCCGCUCGGCGGCUGUCACUUCAGAGUUCCGCCUGGUGCCCAGCCGCAGCAUGAAUGGGCGGCCCCUCACCUGCGUGGUCUCCCACCCGGGCCUGCUCCAGGACCAGAGGAUCACCCACAUCCUGCGGGUGGCCUACCUUGCAGAGGCCUCUGUGCGGGGCCUGGAAGACCAAAAGCUGUGGCAGAUCGGCAGAGAAGGCACCACACUCAAGUGCCUGAGUGAGGGGCAGCCCCCGCCCACCUACAACUGGACACGGCUGGACGGACCUCUGCCGAGCGGGGUGCGCGUGAAAGGGGACACCCUGGGCUUCCCCCCGCUGACUGCGGAGCACAGUGGCGUCUACGUCUGCCACGUCAGCAAUGACCUCUCCUGGCGGGAGGCCCAGGUCACCGUGGAGGUGCUCGCAGACCCUGCGGAGGCCACGGGGAAGCAGGUGGACCUGGUGUCGGCCUCCGUGGUGGUGGUGGGUGUGAUCGCCGGGCUCCUCCUCUGCCUCCUGGUGGUGGUGGUGGUGCUGAUGUCACGAUACCAUCGGCGCAAGGCCCGGCAGAUGACCCAGAAGUAUGAGGAGGAGCUGACCCUGACCAGGGAGAACUCCAUCCGGAGGCUGCAUUCCCACCACUCGGACCCCAGGAGCCAGCCGGAGGAGAGUGUAGGGCUGAGAGCCGAGGGCCAUCCCGAUAGUCUCAAGGACAACAGUAGCUGCUCUGUGAUGAGUGAAGAGCCGGAAGGUCGCAGCUACUCCACACUGACCACCGUGCGGGAGAUCGAGACCCAGACAGAGCUGCUGGCGCCCAGUUCUGGCUGCGAGCGGACAGAGGGGGAGGAGGACCGCGACGAGGGCAUCAAGCAGGCCAUGAGCCACUUCGUGCAGGAGAACGGGACGCUGCGGGCCAAGCCCACGGGCAACGGCAUCUACAUCAACGGGCGGGGGCACCUGGUGUGACCCCGGCCCACCUCCCAAAGCCCGGCUCCCUCUGCUGACGUGAGGAUUUCAGCUCAUCUCGCCCCCCACUCCCCGCUGACUGUGCGACCUUUUCCUCCAGCCCUUGUGUCUGAUACCCAGAUGGCUCCAUUGGUUGAGUCCCUGCUGUGUGCGCAG